CUGUUUGUUAUUAGUUAUAUGAGCAGACAUACUAAGGGCAAAUAUGACAUUCAUGAAAUGUAGUUCAUAGUGAAAAAAUAUCUGGAGGGUAGGGGACUCAUAUUCUCAUUUGAAAUGACUCAUCAUAUGCGUUUGGGUAAAUCAACCUUUUUCAGGUCUCAGCUUCCUUAUCUAUAAAAUGAGAAAUUGACUAUGAUUUCUUGAGUAACUGCCAGCUCUGGGAUGCUGUAGAAGUAAACGCACUGAAUAAACUGCGUAUGUGUAUUAAAUGCAUUUAAUGGCAUAAAGGUGAGUGACAAUGAAAUACAGGAAGGAAAGAUGGAGGAGGGUCACAAGGCUUUCAGAAACUAUUCAGUUUGUGAGCUCAUUUCCCUUUUUAAAAGAACCAUUAACUUUUAAGGUUUCCAGACAAAUCACUCUCCAAGGCUGAGUGUGGUUGGGUCUGAGAUGCUACCACAGUGAUGGAAAGUGUGGCUGGAACUCAGCCCUUUCUGACGUUGAAGCCUGAAGCCCCUGCAGUGGGAGGAGGGGGUGUCUUAUGUAUAUGAGAUGAAAUUCUCCCUUAGUUCCCCCCACAGUUGGGGAAAGAAAGCACUGCAGAAACCAGUGCACCUUCCCUAAGGGGAAGGGUUUGAAAGUUCAGGUCACAUUCAGAAUAUUGGAGCAGGGAGCUGGGCAUAUAUCACCUAACACAAUUUCCUCAUUUUCUAAAUUUUAUAAGUGAAGAAACUGAAAUCCAGCAAGGUUAUAUGAUAUAUUUCAAUUUGUGUUAGAACAAGGCUAAGAAUUAGGCUCAUCAUUGUAGUAGAGAGAGUGGAUAAAUGUGACGAUAAGGAACAUACAUUCAUUUCCAUAUUCUCCAGCUCCUAGUACUGCACCUGGCACAUAGCAGAGCUUCAUUAACCCUGGUCACAUGACUGACUAGUUGACUGAAUGAAUGCGUGGAUAUGUUCCUUUCUUGUGUUUCCUGGUAACCAGCUGGACACACAUGCCAGCCAUUUCAAGCUGAGGACUGUUUCAUCAGAGAUAUUAGAGGGCUCUCUCAACUUACUGAGAUGCUUUUCUUCCUCUGAGUAUUGCUUCCUCUUAGUUGACACUAACAGGAUAAGUAUCAGAACGUGUACAGGAUGUGUGGUAGCAUGACAGCGAACUGGGGUUUCCUCUGAUGUGACUGUAGACUUGGUGGUGACACAGGAGUGAUUGGUAAUCAGAUGCCCUGGGUCAGUAGUUGGGAAGAGUGGCCCCUGAUCCUGUGACUGUGGAGAAGAGACAGUUGCAGGACAUACCCAGUGUGACUGGAGAAUUAGAACAGCACCUAGACAGAGCCAUUGCUUGACUUUUCUUCUUCAGCACCCAUGUUUUCACAUUCUCCCUUUGACUGUGUCCUGCUGUUGCUGGUACCACUUACAAGGUCUUUGGAAGGGGUGUACAUAGUUGAGGUGGGUCAGAAUGCUGAUCUGCCCUGCAGCUACUCUCCAGCUACCCCUGAGAAUCUUGUGCCUGUGUGCUGGGGCAAGGGACACUGUCCUGUGUUUGAAUGUUACCGUAUGUUAAUCAGCACUAAUGGAAGAAGCUUAAAAAAGCAGCUAUCUAGCAGAUAUCAGCUAAAGGGGAAUUUCCACGAAGGAGAUGUGUCCUUGACCAUAAAGAAUGUGACUUUUGCUGACAGUGGGAUCUAUUGCUGUCGGAUCCAAUUCCCAGGCUUGAUGAAUGAUAAAAAAUCGCACCUGGAGUUGGUCAUCAAACCAGCCAAGGCCACCCCUGCCCAGACUCCACAGAGAGACUGUACUACAGCCUUUUCAGAGAUGCUCACCAGCAAGGAACAUGGCUCAGAGACCCAGACACCGGAGACUCUCCAUGAUAAAAGUCAAACACAAACACCCACAUUGGCUGAUGAGUUACAAGACACUGGCGCAAUCACCAGAAUCGGCAUCUACAUCGGAGCAGGGAUCUCUGCUGGUCUGGCACUGGCUCUUAUCUUUGGUGCCUUAAUUCUCAAAUGGUAUUCUCCUAACACAGAGAAGCGACAGAAUUUAAGCCUCACCACUUCAACAGACCUCCCUCCCUCAGGGUUAGCCAGUACGGUAGCGGAGGGAAUGCGCUCGGAGGAAAACAUCUAUAUCAUCGAGGAGAACGUGUACGAAAUGGAAGAUCCAUAUGAGUAUUACUACUACAUCAGCAAUGGGCAGCACGCCUGACAGCCUCUGGCUGUCACCCAUCAACACCAGUAUAUCCAGCUACUUCAUUUUUAACUUGGUAUUGUCUUCGUUGAAAACUAUAAAAUUUGUCAGCUGAUUUUAGAGACUCUGUUCAUGGCCACUGAGCAGAGGUCUUCCAUUUUCUGAAGAUAAUGGGCUCACAGGGGGAUUGAAUUGUGACCUGCACUGUACUUAGGCAUAUUACCUUUGUAUUCCUGCCAACGGGCUACACAGCUAAGAGACUGUUAAUCAAGGUGUUAGAGCUCAAGUGGGCUUUAUAGACUAGGAAUUCUUAAUAGGGGGGUUCUGGAAUACUAGGAAAUUAUCACAUGAUGUAUCCACAAAGCUUCUGAAGAUAUAGGGAAAAUUAUGUGCUGAGAUAUGUGCAUGUCUUUUUUGGCACAGAAAGUCUAAAGGGGCCCCUGAUUUUCAAAGAGAAUCUGUGUCCCAUCAAAAGUGAAUAAACUGUUGGAGUAGAACUAAAUGGUCUUGAAGGUUCCCCCUGAGUCUCAAGACUUAAUGGUUCUUUGAAUAUUGACUCUCCAACAGUAAGUGCCACUGUACAGCUCCCCUUUGCCAGUUAAGAAAGCAGUCCAGCAAGGCCUGUGGUGUGGCAGAUGCUCCCGGAGAAAAAGGAAGUGUGCUCAGUGCGUGUUGCCGAGUUAUGCUUGGGGUGCACUCAGAAGGAAAUAUCUCUGACCAACUUCUCCAUUCACGGAGAGAACUGGCGCUGUGUUUUUCACAGAAGAAGAAGCAGUGACUGGGACACAAAUUCUGUUUCCUGGUGGAAAAAGGCAAAGAGCUCCAGCAAUCUGUAUGUAUCAGCAUCAGAUCCCCUGAUGGAAAGACAAUUGUCCUGAAGCGUCAAGUCCAGAUCGGUCUUGCUUAUUUGUUGCUUCCCCGGCGCCUGGCACAUCACUGACACAUAUAAUAGAGAUUUACUAAGUAUCUUUGGAGUGAAAAAAUUAAGUGGAAAGGUAGCAUUCUGGAAAGACUUUUCCACUGGAGAGCUUAGACAGAGCUCUGUAACUACUUCUUGGAGAACUCACACAUCCUCCUGGGCUCCCGUAUCUGCUCUUUCCUAGACCAAAGUGGCCUUUGUUUCCAGCAUCAUCUAUAAGCUCAGGCCCUUGGAAGUCUGUUACUUUCUUGUCUCUGUUCCCCUUUCUGCUGAGCCAUCUGCAGCACACAAAGAGUCAGCCAACAGUAUGGUCCUGUCGCAUCCUGAAAUCUGCCUGUCCGGGUGAUAACUCAACUACUGCAGUGCUGCAUGCAGAUGUUGGUCACUGAGGGUGGUAGGCAGCCCAUUUCUUUCUAGAAGUCUUUCCAGAAGUCUCAUGUGAAUUUAAGUGUUUGGGCUGCAUCUAAACAGCUUUGGGAAGCUCUGGCUUUCUACAGGGAGAUACGUAAGGGAAGUCAUUUUCAAAAUUAUAGGCAGCAGCUCUCAUAUAAGCUGGAAAAUUAAUUGUAAGUGUUUUAAAGUCAUGAAAUUCUAGAGGGAAAAGACUUCAGAACAUGUUUGAACCAGAUCAGUGAUUCCCCUGAAGAGAUUGCUGUCCUACAAAAACUUUUCAACAAGGGCAUGUAUACAAAGAUGAUCAUUGCAAUGGUGUUUGUCAGAGGUUUUUCCAUUAGAGGGGAAUAGUUGACUAUUGUGACAUGUCAACACACUGGUGCAGUUGAAAAGAAUUUUAGGUGGUUUCAUCAUUGAGCUGUUUUGAUAAUUUAAUGAGUAUUUAUGAAGUGCUUACCUUGUGCCAGGUACUCUGGUGCUGAGACUAGAGAGAGAAACCAAAUAGAAAAACCCCUGGUCCAUGGAACUUCUAGUUGGUCUGACAGGAAGGCAGAUUCAUUCCAUUCAUUCAUUCAGUGAACAUUUAUUGGCACUUACUUUGUGUCAGAGACUGUUCUGGUCCCUAGAAAUACAGCAAUGAACAAAGCAGACAAAAAUCCCUACUCUCAUGGAACUUAUGUUACUUUUCAGAGGAGAAAACUGUAUUUUUAAGUCGAAAGAAAAAAAAAUUCUAGAAUAGUAUAUAUAGUUGAUGCUAGUUUUUUCUUUUGCCUUAAAAAAUAUCUGGAAGAAUAUACCCAAAUUAAUAUGGUUAUCUCACAGGGACACAUGAUCAUGAGACAGACUUUUUACUUUUAUGUGCUUCUGUAAUUGUUUGAAUUAUUUUCUCUAUUUUCUUUUGUAAUAAAAAAAUUAGAUUUAAGCACAUUAUAGCAAUGUUUUCUUGUCCACUUUCCUCUUGGAAAGAAAUGAAGACUAGGAUAAGUUAAGUUCAAGGUCCAGGCCAGCAGUAGAGUAAGGCAGGAAGCCAGAACUGGAACCUGUUUUUCAGGGUAGGACCCAUUCUCAAUUACUGAGAAUGGAGAAGAUGGCAGAAUGGGGAACAGUAAUCUACAAAGCCACUGCAGAGGGCCCAGGAGAUGAUGACAGUAACUUAUUAAAAACGGUGUAGUAAGAUUGAAUGUGUGGUUUGCUCUUAGAAGUGC